AUGAUCACAUCAGAAAUAUCUCAAUCAAGAUCGUCAUCAUUUUCAACUAAACGACCAGAAUUAUUAAACAAUUCCUCAUCAUUUACAACUAUGAUACAUGAUCAAUGGGUUCAAAUGGAUAAAUUAUCUCAUAAUGAAGAAUCAAUGACUGAACAAAUUCAAAAUAUGAAAAUAAGAACAAUUUAUGGAUCGCUAGAGUCAUAUAAUCGAGAAAAGGACAUUAAUAUAUUGAUUGAAGCAGCUAGGAGUACUGAUGGGUUAAUAUCGAAUGAGUUGCGAAAGGUGAUAUGGCCAAUUUUAUUAAAUAUAGACAUGGAAUCUAAAUUUAAAACUAAUUUAUUAUCUGAUUCUUCUAAUUUACUUUCACAAUUGGAUAAUUUAGAUUUACCACCUCAUAAAGAUGAAGAUCAGGUCAAAUUGGAUGUUCAAAGAUCAUUUACAUUGUUUAAUCAUAUACAAUCAUUAAAAUCGAGUACUACAAAUUCAUACUCCACUAUUUUAAGUACUUCCGAUGUGAAAAAUAUCAAGAAUAAAUUGUCGAAUUUGAUUAUUAAGAUAUUGAGAAAGUAUCCAAAUUUGAAUUAUUAUCAAGGAUUUCAUGAUGUUAGUAGUAUUGUAUUAUUAGUAUGUUAUGAUUCCGAAUUGAGUGAAUUUAAUGAAGAUAUGGCAUUUAAAAUACUUGAAAAAUUGACACCAUUUCAUUUGAGAGAUUUUAUGUUAACUGAUAUAAAUUUAACUGUUAAUCAUUUAAGAUUAAUACCUACCCUACUAGAAAAUAUAGAUCUUGAGUUGUUCAACCUAAUUAAAUCAAAUUCAAAUUGUCAUGGGAAUUAUGAUUAUAAAUUCUUUCAGGCAAUAUCUAGUAUAAUCACAAUUUAUAGUCAUGAUAUAUCUAAUUUGUCUCAAAUACUUCAAAUUUGGGAUUUUUUACUUAGUUAUGAUUCAGUAAUAGUAUCUAUUUAUAUAUAUGUUGCUGCUUUAAUAACACUAAAGCCUAAGAUUUGGAAGACAUUAAAUAUAGAAGAUGAUGAUUUUACAUCAGUUGAUUCAGCAUUAUCACAUACUACAUUAUCUCCAACUCAAUUAUUUGAAAAUUUAUCAGAUUUAACAUUGAUAAAAAUUUUAAAUAAAGCUAAAAGUUUAAUUGAAAAUUGUCCAAUUGAUAAUCUAGACAACAGUGAAUCAACAUAUAAUAAAUGGUUUUUAGAAUACAACAAAAAAUCAGUGCUUUGCAAUACUUCAAACAUAAAUAACAGAGACAGUGAUUUAGAAUUAUAUUCAAAUGAGGUAUUAUCUUCACUUAUUCAAGAUCAAGAUGAUCAAAUAUCAAAACAAAUAAUAGAUGAAAUUCAAGAACAAGAAUUACUCGAAGAAGAAUUAGGUAAUUCAAUACUGUCACUCAAUGAAUCAGAUAAUUCUAAUUCAUUAUCAUCUUCAUUGACAUUACAUACAAGCAUAACCUCAUCAUCAAUUCAUAAAUUAACAUCAACCACGAUAUUUAAAAAACUAUUUAAUAAAGAAAGUAAAGAGGUUAUAUCAAGACCAAAUUGGUACAUAAGGAAUUUCUAUCGUUUGAGUUUGACUAUUGGUGUGAUUGGAUUUCUACUACAUUUUUUAAUAAAGGAUGAGAUUCACAAUUUUAUAAAUUCAAUGUUAAAUAGUGAUAUGUUCAAACAUACAAGUAUUGUUUUAGAAAAUGUAAAGGAGUUCUUUUCAUUUGAUCAUGUUAAUAAUAUUGGGAUUGGUAAUUUAAGAAAUACGGUUUAUUCUGGUUUAAGAACGUUUAAUGGUUCAUAA